CCUCCCCAACAUUCCCUUGCACUCUCUCUCUAUAUUUCCAUGUACAUACCAAAUCAUCCCAAGUUAAAUUGCGAGUGCAUUAAAUUUUAGCUAGCAUUCUCUACUAUGGCGUCGUCAGGGAAGUUGUGACAGAUAGAGGUUCCAAGAAACAUAGAAACUCAGUGAAUGAAUACUGUGAUCCAGUUUGUGGGUUGAGAUGAUUUUUAACCACAACAGAAUAACAGUUUUAUGCUGUGCUUUCACAGAACAUUAUCUGCCAAAAAAUCAUUAGAGCUGCUAUGAAGCCUGAAAGGAAAAAUCCCACAUUGGCGUCAUGUACUUAUCGUCAUCUAUAUCAAGGUAUGUUAGAUAUGUUCCUAUGGUUAAUAUUAUUUUUUACUGUUCCAAGUCCGGUAAGGGUUUUAAUAACAAUGAAAAAGCUUCACAUAAAAAAAACUUGGAGCAAAGCGAUCAGGAAAAAAUUGCAAAAGAUGGAAAUUUUGGGCCAAAUGGAACCAGAGAAGAACCCAAAUUUAUGGAGAGUAAAUUAAAUGAUUUUGAAAAGCCAGGUGGGGAUUUAGGGUUUAAGGAAUGUUCAGUGCUUAACGGAAACCCAAGGGAAUUUUCAGGGUUUAUAAAAGGAGUAUAUGGCUCUGUAGAAGUUAAGAAUGAUUCAGGGUUUAAUGAACAUUCAGAGGUAUUUGAAGGAAAACUAGGGUUUAAGAGAAGUUCAGAAGAUUCUGAAGAUAAGCUAGGGUUUGAGGAAAGUUCAAAUAACUGUCGAGGUAAUGAGGAAAAAUCAUGGAUUGAGGACAACUCUGAUGCAUCUCAAGGUUCUAAGUUCAGGUCAAGGUUUCAGAACAGUCCAGAUGAACAUCAGGGCCUUAAUGGAAAUGUUAGUUUUGCGAAAUUUUCAAAUAGAAAUCAAAGGUAUAAGGAGAAUCUAGGGUGUAAUGGAAAUUCAAACGUUUGUCAAGGGUCUGAGGCGACUCCAGAAUUUCAAGUAAGUUCGAAAGGAUCUCGAGAGUUUGAAGACAAGUUGGAGUCUCAAGAAAUUUCAAAUGGAUCUAGAGGGAUUAAGGAUGAUCAUAAUAUAUUUCAAGGGUAUGAGGAAAAUGUGGAUGGUUUCUCAUGGUUUGAGGAAAACCCUGGGUUUUUUACAGGUCCUGAAGGGGAAGAGAGAGAGGAUUCUGAAGAGAGAAAUAUAAAUGGAUCCAAUGGUUCAUCGUCUUCUAGAUUUUAUAGUAAAUUGGAUUAUGAUGCUAAUUUGUUGUAUGAAAUUCUUCAGAGAGAAGAACUGGGUUUUGAUGUCAAGGAAGCUCUGCAGAAGACUGGUUUGAGGAUGACCAUACCUUUGGUCAGGCGUGUCCUAAUGAAGAUUUCAAAGUCGAUUAAUAAUGUGACAAAAUUCAAAAGUGCAAAAUUAGGGUUCAAAUUCUUCCUGUGGGCCGGGCAACAGGAUCGCUACAGGCACAAUUCUGAGACACAUAAUUUGUUAGUAAAGAUUUUUGCUGACUGUGAUGAAUUUAAAGCAAUGUGGAGGUUGGUGGACGAGAUGAUUGUAAGUGGAUGUCCUAUUACUGCAAGAACCUUCAAUAUAUUACUUAGUAGUAGUAGGCAAGCUGGUAUGCCUAAAAGGGUUGUUGACACAUUUAUUCGAUCCAAACAAUUUAAUUUUCGGCCUUAUAAGCACUCCUUUAAUGCAAUUCUUCAUGCUCUGUUGAGAGAAAAACAUUUCAAUUUGAUUGAAUGGGUGUAUGAGGAAAUGCUGAAUGAUGGUCAUCAGCCAGAUAUUCUAACAUAUAAUAUCCUUAUCUAUGCAAAGUAUAGGCUUGGGAAAGUUUAUGAUGUGAAUCAACUUUUGGCAGAAAUGGGGGAAAAUGGAUUUGCUCCCGAUUUUUAUACUUACAAUAUUUUACUUCAUGUGCUUGGCAAAGGAGAUAAACCACGCGCAGCUUUAGAUCUCUUGAAUUACAUGAUAGGGGUUGGCUGUCAUCCUGGAGUUACUCAUUUCACUGCCCUUAUUGAUGGUCUAGGUAGAGCAGGAAAUUUAGAUGCUUGUAAGUACUUUUUUGAAGAAAUGAUUAAAAAAGGCCGUCAACCUGAUGUUGUUUGUUAUACUGUUAUGAUUACCAGUUAUGUGGUAGGAGGUGAGCUGGAGAAGGCACAGACACUGUUUGACGAGAUGAUCCACAAGGGGCAGCUUCCAAAUGAAUAUACUUACAAUGCCAUGAUUCUAGGUCUCUGUAAUGCUGAAAGAUAUGAGGAGGCUUGUGGCACGCUUGGGAUUAUGGAAUCCAGAGAUUGCUAUCCAGACUUUAUUGUGUACAGAACCUUGGUCAGAAAGCUUAGGAAUGCUAGAAAAUACAGUGAGGCACGGAAAAUAUUAAAAGAAAUGGAAGAGAAUGGGUGCUAUGCACAUUUGGUUGCAAAGUUGCAAAGAUAUAGAAGAUAGGAUGUUGAAGACUAUUUCAUAUCAAAAGUGUUUUUGCUAAGUUGAAUCAAUUUUAUGAUAUUUGUAGAGCAACCAAGCUCCAUUUCAUUUGGGCAACUUACAUCCAUUUUGACAAUUGCCAUUGCAUAUCUCCAUUUAGUGACACUCCUGCAGAAUCACAUUGCAAGGCAUAUGAAAGGUAGACGGAUGGAAAUUUUAAACAGGAAGCUGAAAAUGUACAUGGAUUUUUGUUUUCAAUCCAUUAUGUGACUGUAGACACCUCUCAGUGUAAAGAUAACUACAAGAGUCUCGGUGGACAAAUUGGGGUGGAAAUACCUCAAAUCUCUAAAGAUUUGCCCUCUGCAUCUUAUGCCGACCGUGUAGUGCAUCCAGCUGUGAGCACAAUUGGAGCUUCUUUGAGGCCAUCCACAUGAAGUUGAGGAACAAAUUAGCUUAGAAAUGCCUCAAUGACCUUGUCUUUGUGCAAUGACUUUCGGCUGCGCACAAGAAAAGUAAAGGAAAUAUUAGGUGAUAUGAUUGAUGUUGAUUAGAUAGGCUUUUACAGUGAUUGGGCAAGGCAGGAUGAGCAACGUCUAUUGUUUACUAAGGAUGAGAUCUAUGAUUUGGAGAGGCAUGCAUUGGAUGAGGGUGCAGCAGGAGAUUUGGGAUUGGAUGACAUCGAUUAGGCUGAGGAGGGGUCAUUGUCACCAACAUCUAUAUCCAGAAUGAGGUCGAGUCAUAGCUUGUCAUGCCAAGUGAGGGAGAGGAGCCACAUCAGACUCCUAGGAUUAGACCCUCUAGUUCUACCUCUCCCCUAGUUUUCACUAGAGCAGGGAAGAGGAAGAUGUAAAAUGUUUUGAUAUACUAUUUACUUUUAAUUUUUCAGAAAUAGUUUUCUAUUUUCCAUCAACAUUCCACAUGA